UUGCUUAAUAUAAUGGAUACUGCUUUAAUACAUGAUUUAAUCUCUAUAUGCUCUCAGAACAACGCUGCAAAGUUAUUAGCAGCGAAACAGCCCGUACUAAGCGAAGAUGCAGAUGAUGAGAAGAAAAAUGCUCUAGAGCAAUGUUUAUCAGCUGAACAGAUCUGCGAAUCAGAACUUGCUGAGCUAGGACGAAACUCCAAAAUACUUUCUGAUUUAGAAAGAGAAUACAGUCAGGAUGAAUUGGAGAGAGCAGUUGCUGCAAAAAAAAAAAAUGCUGAACUCCGAAAGCGGUAUGAAGAAAUCGCAGCACUAAUGACGAAUCAUGCAAUGAGUAUUGGUGAAUGGCGGGAUAAAUCGAAGAAAAUGCAGGAAAACGAAGUUCUUAGAGCUGAGUUACAGGAAACACUAACAGCGAUGAAUCUGAUGAAAAGUUGUCUUGUAUCUGACGACACAAAUAUGGAGUGA